AUGUAUCCCUUCAUGAAAUUUGUCCCUUUUAGUGAGAUAUACAGAAUUUCUUACGCUCAGUUGUAUCAUGUUGGUCUCAUUGGUGUGAUCGAAAAUAUUAGCGAUAUUGAAACACAGAAUAACCCUGAUGGAGAGAUUGUUCAGAAAAUAACUUUCACGAUCACAAAUCUCAAGUUAAAAAGGGUGGGGAAAAUUGCUCAUCUCUGCACCGAUGGAUCCUCUUCACGAUUACCUGCUGAAGAGGUUGGGGAUGAAUUUGCAAAAGAUUACUAUACCGUCUUGGAAUAUUAUCCGCAGCAUCUCCGUGCGUUUUAUCAAGAUUCUAGUAAGAUUGGACGGACUAGAAACGAUGUAAUGCGUUUAAACACCUUAUCGAAUAUAGAUGAUGAGAAUCUUAAUGGAGGUUCUGGUUCGGUGGAGGUAACCAGUAUCAUUUCCCGAGACUGUCAAGAUGGUGUUGUCUUGGUUGUUGUCUGUGGCUACUCCACUCAAAAAGAGACACUUGAAAUGAUGAAGAACUUCACCCAAGUUUUCUUUCUUGCUCCCCAAGAACCCGAGGGCUACUUUGUUUUGAUUGACAUUCUCCAAUUUGAUGACCAGACGAUUGUUUCUGCUAGUAAUAAUGUCGUAGAGGAGAGAGUUCCAGAAAUGGAGGUCACUCGCAAAGAAGUUGCAGAAGUUCCAGAGACGCAGGUCACUCGCAAUGAAGUUGUAGAAGUUCCAAAAACGGAGGUCCCUCUCAAAGAAGUUGGAGGUGGUUUACUGGCAGUUUCUGAACCAAAUGAUGGACUUGAAGAUGUGUCUAAGAUAUCUGAUGCCUCUGCUGAUGUGAAGUUAAUACAAGAAGGUCAACAUCCGUCUUGUGAUCCUAAUGAAGAUACUGGAAAUGGGAACAAUCAAGAGUCUCAAGUGUUGAUUGAGGGUGUAACAGUUCAUGUUGGAAAUCUUCCUCCAAAUGACACAGCUGCCGAGGCGUCCCCUGUGAUGAUUGAUGGCCGAAAAGUUCCCGUGGCGAAGGCGCGAGAGAAAAAAGCUGGAACUGGAAAUGGAAACAAUCACGAGGAUCAAGCGGUAACUGAGGAUGCGGGAAUUUGUGUUAAAAAUCUUCCUCCAGAUGCAACCAUUGCAUCUGUUCAAAAGGAAUUUGAGCAGUUUGGAGCAAUUAGAAGAGAUGGAAUUCGAGUUAUAAACAGAUUGGCCUAUUCUUUUGCUUUUAUCGACUUUGAGGAAGAAAAUGCCGCCCGGAUAGCAAUGGAGGCGUCCCCUAUUAUUGUUCUUGGGCGAAGAUUUUUUGUGCAGAAGAACCGACGAGCCCAUAGAAGUUACUGGAAUAGUCAAUCCUCUGGACAAGGAAAUAUGCACAUACGCCAGGAAAUGAGAGGAACAGAAGUUUAUCACAUACGCAAGGACUGGCAGAAGUCAAACGAGGAACAAAGUAAGCGUCAGGAUGAAGAGAGAGGAACAGGAAUUGAUCAUUCUCGGAACUAUGAGCAGGCAGUGGAGGAACAUGGAAAGAUUCAGGGGGAACAGAUGAAGCUUCAGGAGGAAGCUGCGGCGUCCCCUGUGGAGAUUGAUGGGCGAUUGGUUCCCGUGGAGAAGGCGAGAGGUCCUGUUCAGAAAGCGUCUUUAGCGUAUGAUUAUUCAAGGGAGCAUUGCUUAAUCUCCAAAUCAAUUGAUCCUCAUCCACGACCAUCUGCUAAAGAGGUGGGAGAUGCAUUUGCAGGGUCCUACUAUGAUCGCUUGCAAAAUUUACCGCAGCUUCUAUACAAGAGUUAUGCAGUUAACAGUACGAUUACACGGCCUGGACAGGGUGGAGUGAUGCACAACUUCACCUUAUGGGGUAUAAAUAAGGAACUUGAUAUGCUACAUUCUGGAGGUUUUGAUUCCGCUGAGGUAACCAGUAUCACUUCCGAAGACUCUCAAGUUGGUGGUGUCUUCGUUGGUGUCAGAGGCGUCUUCGUUGUUGUCAGAGGCUACUUCACUUUAAACAAGAGAUAUAAAAGGAACUUCACCCAAAUUUUCUUUCUUGCUCCCUUCGAAUACCGCUACUUUGCUUUCACCGACUCCUUCAACUUUGAGACAGAUGUUAUUGACCUUGGGGACUGGCAGAAGUCAAAGGAGGAACAAAGUAAGCUUCAGGAGGAAAGAGGAACAGGAGUUUAUCAUCCUCCGUACUAUGAGCAGCUAAGUGAGGAACAUAGAAAGAUUCAGGAGGAAAAGAUGAAGCUUCAGGAAGAAAAGGUGAAGCUGCAGGAAGAAAAGACGAAGUUUCAAGAGGAAAAGAUGAAGCUUCAGGAGGAAAGGAUGAAGCUUCAGGAGGAAAAGAUUCAGGAAGAAAAGACGAAGUUUCAGGAGGAAAAGAUGAAGCUUGAGGAAGAAACGAUGAAGUUUCAGGAGGAAACAAUGAAGCUUCAGGAAGAAAAGAGGAAGCUUCAGGAGGAACAGAGGAAGCUUAAGGAAGAAUAAGAGAAUCAAAACUGAACUUGACUAGUUAUGUUGAUAGAGGCUGGAAUUUACAUGCAUAUACGGGUGUUUAGUGAUAGAAUCUUACCAACUGAUUGUUCUGUGAAUAGGCUAAAAACAAGAGAGGUUUUGGUUCCUGUAGUGGCAAAAGUGGUUAGAUAUAUUUGGAAUCUCUUAAA